AUGACAGACCGUGAGGAAAGACAGAAGAUCUUCGAUCAGACCAUGGCGCGCUUGCACGUCAAGGAACAGGUGCUGGCAGCCAAAGUCGGGAACCUUGACGCCGAGAUGCGUCAAUUCAGAAAAGACCUGGCUGUCUUCCAUGCCAAACGCGACCAUGUCCGUGCUCUCGUGCAGCAGCACCUUCUGGAGCAGCAGCAUCCCGUGGCUCAUGCGUUGAACACCUUCGGCUCGACUCAGAUCGUUGGUGCUCGCUUUCCCAGCAAUCAGGAUGCCCAAUCCGUUGCUCCUGACCUCCUCGACCACGACGAUGAGCCCGUUGCCUCUCCUUUUGCCCUCAAUCAGGACGCUAACCCCAUCGUCGAUGAUGGCGAGUCGCUUUUUAUCCCUGAGCAGCCUCGCAUUCACGAGCAGACCAGCCCUCAGCCCAACGCCCUCAAGCGCCGCUACACUUUCGCCGAAGCCGAGGAGAUCGUGGCCAGGAGAUUCGCUGCCAAAGCAGUAAAGAUUAUGGUCCCAGAAGGCCCGCUAUUUCUGCCCCUGCUGUUCUUCCGCCUGCCGUCUCUGCCCCUGCUACUUUUGCUAUUCUUGGCUCUUCCACCGCAGCCGUUGCCGUUCGUUUUCCUUGCCCUUAUCCCGGUUGCGAUAGAGACUACUCUCGCAGUGACGCUGUCACGAGACGACUUCGAAGUGAGCACCUUGACUGGGACAUCAAAAACAAGAGCGUUAUUCCCAAUUGGUCGAUCUAGAGACAUCUUCCUCGGCACCGCAACCUGCAACCACGACCACAGCACUGAUCAUCUCCACUAUCAGCACCGCAUGCUCCAACUUCUGGACCGGUUCCAGGAGUGGGCCAAGAAAGACCUCCAAGACACCAACUUGCUCAUGUGGAACCUGCCCUUUGACAUCUGGACAGACCCGAUCGGAGGACCAGCUCUGCGCUACAAGAUGACUAUGCAUGAUGGCGUCGACUGCGAGAACUACGGCAGCGAACACUACAUCUCGCACGAAACGAUGACGCACGUCAUGUGGAACGAGGAGACCGAGCAAGACUUCGAGGAGGUCAUGGACGCUCAUUCACGGCAGAUGGCUCGCGAAGAGCAACGUAAGCGUCCUCCCACCAUGCUCCUUUCUCUUCUCAACAACACCACUAUCGACAACAUCACUGCUGUAAACCAGAGCACCAAGACUGAGGACGAACAUGGCAUGGAGUCUGAGAACGAGCACAACCCUCUCCCCCCUGAUCCGUAUCCUCGUGAGCGCGGACGACAAAAGUACAAUCGGAGAGUAGAAGAAGUGACACUAUGGUUUAUGGUGGAGCAGGCUCAGGAUAUGGUGGUGGGGGAUGUAAUGGAGGACCAAGAUGGGGAGCAGAAAAGCAAAUCCACUUUCAAAGAACACAUGAGCGGAAUGGAAUUUGAGCAAGGAGAAUGA